GAGACGCCGGCGAGAAGGAAGAGGAGGCGAGAGGUGAACUGAGUUUGAUCCUGCGGCUGCUACAAGAAUUUGAGGGGAAAACUUUUGACAAAUCGAUCGCACUUUCUCUCCGCUAGCUCUUAACGAGAGAGGCUCCCGCUGGACAAAGUUUUGCAAAGUUUUCCGAGUGUGAUGGUUGCGGGGAGAGCUAAUCCACCAGCUUGAUUCACGGCUUCAUCUCACCACCCCUCGAGCAGCCCCUAAACCCGCUAUAAGGGAACAAACAAACAAACAAACAAACAAAGUUACACUCCGAGUCGCCUCGUGUCUCCUCUCUCUCUCUUCUUUUAGGCAAUUUCUUCCCUCCCUCUCUCCGCUCCCCUCGCAGCCUCCACUCCCCUUCCCUCGGCCCCUUCCUCCUUCUCUGUUUCGGUUGGAGGUGCCAGGACCCCCGGCCGCAGCCUCCCCUCCCCCGCCGCUCGCGUCCCUUCUCAUCCGGCCCUCCCCUCCCCCGCCGCGGCCGACACAGCCAAUCCCCCGAGCGGCCGCCAACAUGCUCUUUGAGGGCUUGGAGCUGGUGUCGGCGCUGGCCACCCUCGCCGCGUGCCUGGUGUCGGUGACGCUGCUGCUGGCCGUGUCGCAGCAGCUGUGGCAGCUGCGCUGGGCUGCCACCCGCGACAAGAGCUGCAAGCUGCCCAUCCCCAAGGGCUCCAUGGGCUUCCCGCUCAUCGGAGAGACCGGCCACUGGCUGCUACAGGGUUCUGGCUUCCAGUCGUCGCGAAGGGAGAAGUAUGGCAACGUGUUCAAAACGCACUUGCUGGGGCGGCCGCUGAUCCGCGUGACAGGCGCGGAAAACGUGCGCAAGAUCCUCAUGGGCGAGCACCACCUCGUGAGCACGGAGUGGCCACGCAGCACGCGCAUGCUGCUGGGCCCGAACACGGUGGCCAAUUCCAUCGGCGACAUCCACCGCAACAAGCGCAAGGUCUUCUCCAAGAUCUUCAGUCACGAGGCCCUGCAGAGCUACCUGCCCAAGAUCCGGCUGGUGAUCCAGGACACACUUCGGGCCUGGAGCAGCCACCCUGAGGCCAUCAACGUGUACCAGGAGACGCAGAAGCUCACCUUCCGCAUGGCCAUCCGUGUGCUGCUGGGCUUCAGCAUCCCUGAAGAGGACCUUGGUCACCUCUUCGAAGUCUACCAGCAAUUUGUGGAGAACGUCUUCUCCCUGCCUGUCGACUUGCCUUUUAGCGGCUACCGGCGGGGCAUUCAGGCACGGCAGAUCCUGCAGAAGGGCCUGGAGAAAGCUAUCCGGGAAAAGCUGCAGUGCACCCAGGGCAAGGACUACUCAGAUGCACUGGACAUCCUCAUUGAGAGCAGCAAGGAGCACGGAAAGGAGAUGACCAUGCAGGAGCUAAAGGAUGGGACCCUGGAGCUGAUCUUCGCAGCCUAUGCCACUACCGCCAGCGCCAGCACCUCACUCAUCAUGCAGCUGCUGAAGCACCCAGCUGUGCUGGAGAAGCUCCGGGAGGAGCUGCGGGCCCAGGGCAUCCUGCACAGUGGCGGCUGUCCUUGUGAGGGCACGCUGCGCCUCGACACGCUCAGCAGGCUCCACUACCUGGACUGUGUCAUCAAGGAGGUCAUGCGCCUGUUCACACCCAUUUCUGGUGGCUACCGGACCGUACUGCAGACCUUCGAGCUGGAUGGUUUCCAGAUCCCCAAAGGCUGGAGUGUUAUGUACAGCAUCCGGGACACCCACGACACAGCGCCCGUGUUCAAAGACGUGAACGUGUUCGAUCCAGACCGCUUCGGCCAGGCCCGGAGUGAGGACAAGGACGGCCGCUUCCAUUACCUCCCGUUCGGCGGCGGAGUCCGCACCUGCCUGGGCAAGCAUCUGGCCAAGCUGUUCCUGAAGGUGCUGGCGGUGGAGCUGGCUAGCACGAGCCGCUUUGAGCUGGCCACCCGGACCUUCCCCCGCAUCACCCUGGUCCCUGUCCUGCACCCCGUGGAUGGGCUCAGCGUCAAGUUCUUUGGCCUGGACUCGAACCAGAACAAAAUCCUGCCGGAGACGGAGGCCAUGCUGAGUGCCACAGUCUAACUGGGCCUAGCCGGUAGCCCCAGCCCAGCCCAGCCAGGCCUGGGGGGGUGGGGGCCGCAGGCACCAGAAGGGUCGAAACCUGUGUGUGGGAGAGGGUAGGAACCUGGGGAGCGGGGAGUGGCCCCCUGUACCUGGCCCCCUCCCCUGUCCCCGCCCUCACCCCCAGUAAACCCUACCCAAAGCCCAAAGGGCCCCAUCCUUCUGUGGGGGGAGGGCCUUUCCCCUGGUUCCUACUUCUGUCCAGUCCCUCCAGUUCCCCCCGGCUUAGCUCCUGGGAAGGGGCUGGUGGGGCGCUCCGCUUGCCCAUUACAGUGUUAAAUGUCAGUGGCUCGGCUGCAGCAUGUGCUCGUGAUGUCCCGAACUGGCCCCACCUCUCUAUUGCUUUGGGACCCUUUUAGUCUGAGAGCAGGUAGUUGACGCUGGGGAUGGAGGAGAAGAAGUGCCCCCUUCGGCGCUGUCUUUAGCACCCCCGUCCCUCCUGCUUUGACUCAGACUGGUGGAGCGCCCUUCCUGGUGUGGCUGCCGAAGAAUAGCAUCCUGGGUAACAGAACACAAGUCACCCUUGGUGGGGCGGGGGUCUGCAGUCAGCCUGGAGGGGCCUCACCCCUUCACCAGUUUGGACAUUUGAAAUUACCUAUUGCUGCUACUUGUUCUCUCUUCUGACCUUGGGGCAAAGGAGCCCCAGGCCCUGUCCUCCCAGCAUCCUCCCUGGUGGCCCUGGGCAUACACACUGAUGUCCCCACCUUCCCGCCAGGCAGCCUUGAGCCCAUUCUGCUCCCCUGUCACACACACACAAGGCCUUUGGCUCUUGGGCUGCACCCCUGCCGCCCCCUCCAGCCCCCCCCCCCCCCACCGUCCCAUAUUUAUUCACUGAUAUAACCGAAUCUUGGCAUUCCUGGGGACUGGAACAAGCAACUCGUCUGUCCCCUAGCCUCUGUCCCAGCUGUCCAGGGCAGGACUUCUGCAAAUGAUGCAGUCCCCCAACCCCUAGGCUCCAGACCUCCUGUGGGUCCAACCUCAGAGCCUCACUCCCUGGGUGAAGUCCAGUGCCUCUGCCUUUGCCCUCUAUGGAGAUGGGGAGAUGGCCCACUGUCCCCCUCCCUGCUCUGUCAAAAACCCUGAUCAUGUGGGGGAUUGGAGGCUACCACAAGCUCCUGCUUGGCCACUGUUUGCCCCGGUGCCCCCCACUCCUGCUAGUGAGCAUGGGGACGUAUACGGGUUCUUUCUUCUGACAGGGAGUGAGGGCCUCUGUGGUCCCUCUCUUGACCCUCACCCUUGGCCCUUUGCCCUUGGAAAGAUGUCCUUGAAGUCCUUCCCACCUCUAUGCCACUGUCUGCUUAGCCCAGCUCAGGGGUGUGGGGACAAGAUGAAAGCAAGGGGAGGUGAGCAUAGGAGGCAGCCCUUCUGCUGUGCAGACUCGGGUCCUCUGCCCUGGUCCCGAGGCAGCUACUGCACGGGGGCUGCAGAGCUGAGGAGGAGGGUAUGUGCGACUUGUCAGAAGUGAUUUGGUUGAAAACCGGCUGGUUAGGGGAUGACUGGGGGAAAAAGGAGUAGCUCCUGCCACUGGCAUUUCAAGUGUUGGCAAUUUGGGAUGCUUCCCGAGGAUGAUUUGGGGAUCUUUGAUGAGUCUCUGAAUGAUUUUGACUGUUUUCAGAUUUUCUUUGCUUUCUGUGUUUCUCUAUUGGCUUUUGAUGUUCUAAAAGCAGUGAAUCCUCUUUACAAGAAAAAAACACACAGAAGGGUACAGGAUACCAAUCCCUCUAGUCCCUCCCUGCAGCACUGACUACUGUGGACAUCUGCGUGGCCCCUCUAUGGUGCUCAGGGGGAGGAUGCACCCCCCUUUGUCCCCACCCACACCCCCUUGUGGUAGGCUUUAGGGGAAUGGGCUCAUGGCUGGCAGACUGCUCUGUAACCCUGUUCUCAAAUGUUUUAUUUAGUUCCUACUUUUUCACUACUAAAAUAUCAGCGCAGAAAAGACAUAUUGGCAAAAAGACACUUUAAAAAAUUUAGCAAAAUCUCUCAAUCCAUCCCCCCAACACACACAUACAUACACACACACACAAUCUGAAAAACAGGCAAAAAUGUGUAAAGACUCAUCAAAGCUUGCAAAAUAGCUUCAUGGUGCACCAAAAUUUGUUACCCAUUAAAAAAAAAAAAAAAUUCUCAGUGUCUGGAAGGUUCAUGCUCCUUUAAGCUGCCCCAGCUUGCCCUGAACCAAUUGUUUUUGACUGAAUAUCCAGGAAUGCAGUAAGUGCUAGUUUAGACAGGAAGUCCACCAGGCCUAGCCCUGGUAAGGGGCUGGGGGGCUGGUGGGCUCUGGGAGGCAUCGGUGGCCUUGUGUUGGGGUAACCGGCCUGGGAGGGGCAGAGGGAAAGGCUGAGGGGGUCCCUGUGAGGAGGAAGGAAGGAUUAUUUGCCCCGCUGGGUCUCAAAAGCAACAAGAACAGAACUGAAAGAAGCUCUUGACUGGCUGACAGGAGGGUUCCAGUGUUGAAAUGUGGCCGUCUCGUCUCUGUCCACGCGUGUCUGUGUAUUUGUGUGCCGGUUCAGUAGAGGUAGCGCUAGAUGGGUGAUGUUUCCUCACUUACCAUUCCUAACUAUUGUAACUUGACAUUAAAAAGACAAAACCCCACAACACUUUUCCUGCCAUGGGCUUGCAGAUUGAAGCACUUUCGAUGUUGGGCGCUGGCGUUUGUGUUCUGGGCACCAUCCUGACCCUGCCCAGAUCACUAUAAUAUUAUUUUAUACACAAAACUUUUUUUUCAUAAAUGUUAUAAUUUUGUGUCUGUCUUUAUAAACUAUUAUAAGUACUAUUUUUGUUAUAAUUCAAAAUAGAUAUUUAGUAUAAAGUUUUUGCUGUUAAAUAUUUGUUAUUUAGUAAAAUAUGAAUUUUUUCUCUAUUGUAAACAUGGUUCAAAAUAUUAAUAUGUUUUUAUCACAGUUGUUUUAAUAUUGAAAAAGCACUUGUGUGUUUUGUUUUGAUAUGAAACUGGUGCCGUGUGAGUGUUUUUGCUGUCAUGUGGUUUUAAUCUGUAUAUAAUAUUCCAUGUUGCAUAUUAAAAAAAAUGAAUGUUGUGCAUUUUGUGAUUUUGGAAAUACUCAACCUGGCUCUUUUAUAGGCUUCCAUAAUAAACCGUGGGGACUCAC